AUGUCUCUUGAGAGCCUCCCACCAGAACUACAAACCAAAAUCUAUAGUUUCCUGGUAACAUCAUUUGGUCCCUCAUCAAUCCAUGCCUUGCUCAAAGUAUCAAAACAACUAUACGCCGUGGCCCUCCCGUUGUCCGUGCAAAUCUUCCGGAACACGGCACCUUUGCAAGUAGGCAACGGACUUUGCUCGGUAACCCGCAAUGCCCAGUUCUUGCGUUAUAUCCUCGUCUCCAGACCCGAGCUAGCAAAGAAAGUCGAUACAGUCAUUUUAGGUGGCUUUGCGGAUAGAAAUGUUGAAGGAAAUUCACAUGCCAGCAGUCCAGAAGAACUUGAGAUCUAUGAGCGGUUUAUCAUCGACAGUUUGGGUCCAACACUUGGAAAGGUGGAUGCGGAACGCCGUGACAGAUGGAUAGCUCACCUGAAAGAAGGCUACUCUGAUGCACAGAUCUCUCUGAUUCUGCUCGCUUGUCCGAACGUCAAGAGGCUCUAUUUUGAAGACUCCCAAGACCCGUCGAACGAAGAAUUUUUCGAAAAGCCACCUUCUUUCAUGUUUUUGCUUGAAAUGGCCCAAACUCUGUCAGUAUCAGGUGUCUCUGAGUCCAGGCCCCCUCCGCUAGGGAAUGUCGAGCAUGUUCACGUUCAAUCUCAAUAUUGGAACACUUGCGGCUGGGAACAAGCCCUCCGCCUCUUGGCACUACCCCAACUACAGAUUUAUGAAUCCCUCAAUGCCACCUACCAAGGCAAACUUCCAGAAGACUCGACCGUCCUCGCUCAAUUGCCCAAGUCUUCUGUGCGCUCCGUCGCUUUUCACCAGUCGCAUGCGCCUGCAUCCGAGGUCAAGUUUGUGUUGGACAGUUGCGAUAACCUGACGAGCUUUGAGUACAUCAGUGCAAUGUGGAUGCCGAUUGAUGGGAGUCUAUCUCAAGGCAUUAUGAGAGCUGUUCUACCUCAUGCCGAAACCCUCACGCAUUUGCAUCUCGACUUCCAGGAGGACUGUGAAAGGGAAGAUUGGAGAGAAAACCCACACGGGUUGUACUUGGGCUAUGAGCUUGCCCAGAUGACAGCGCUAAGGUACCUCAGCGUCGGGAUGCAGACUCUUACCGGGAUGUUUGACCCCAUAGCAAUAAAGCCACAAGACAUGCCACUACGGAUUGAAGGCGCCCCCAGGAUCGUCGAAUGCCUGCCGGAAAAGCUACAUGAACUGAGAAUUCGCGAAUGCGGCAAGACGAUAGUCAGCCAAGCAGCAGAGUUGCUUGAUACAAUUGAGAAAGGGCAACGCUUCCAAAAUCUGCAGUGUAUCAUGUUGGCGUUUAAAGAUGAGAAUAUCGCGAUCGAAGACAUCCAGCAGGGUUUUCCUGAGUUAGCAACCGAAAGCACUCGGUACAGUCUUGCGGUGAGCUUCCAGAACCGUGCCAUGCGCUGGCUUGACUCUGGUAGAGGCAAGACUUUUGAGGGCAUCCGCGCCAUCCCGAGUCUCUGCUCCCGUAUAUUUGCCGAUGACCUUCGGAGAGACUGGGUUGAUUUUCGUGGACUACCAACAGUACAUACCAAGACCUAUGGCAAAUCGGAUGACACGUGUUUUCGCACUCAUAGGGUAAAUCCGAUCUUGAGAAUGCAGAGGUUGCUGCUUAAAAAACCACCACACGAGUUUGGGCUUGACGAUUAG